CAGUGUUUCCUGAAACAAUCAUAAACUUGGAUGAAACCCUUCGAUCCAAGAAAGUAAUCUUGAUGGCGAACGCAACUCCGACUUAGUUUCAAGCUAAUUAAAAUGGAUUUCGUCGAAUUGGAAGCAAUCGAAGGCCUACGAUGGUCAUGGAAUUCAUGGCCAGUAUCAAGAACCGAAUCAAACGAUCUGAUAAUCCCUUUGUCCAUAAUGCAAACUCCAUUGAUGAAAUUCAACGAACUUCCACUCCUAUCCUACGAUCCAUUGAUCUGUUCUCGAUGUGGCUCCGUCUUAAACCCGUACGCUCGUGUCGAUUACCCUUCUCGAAUCUGGAUUUGCCCUUUUUGUUAUCAGAAGAAUUCAUUUCCAAGAUCGUACGCCGAAAUCGGCGAGAACAAUAUUCCUGCUGAGCUUUUCCCAACUUACAGUACUGUUGAAUACCAAUUAGGUCACCAGGGUUUGAUGACCCCGACCCGGAUGAAUUCCAAUCCGGUUCACAAUUGGGGAACUAGUAACGGAUCAGGGUUGGCUAAAUCGAAUUCUUCCUCGUUUUCUUCGUCUUCUUUGUCGAGUUUAGAUCAACGAGGGUUAACAGAGAGGGGGAUGGGGAUUUGGCCGGUGUUUGUUUUUGUCGUUGAUGGUAGUUCAAGUGAGGAUGAACUUCAAGCACUUAAGAAUGAGUUGCUGUUGAUUGUUGCACAGUUGCCGGAAAAUGCCAUGGUAGGGUUGAUUGUUUUUGAUUCAAUGGUGAGGGUGUAUGAUCUUGGGUUUACUGAGUGUUCACGGGUGGUUGUCUUACAUGGUGAACGCAAGCCUUCUUCUAGCCAGAUCAUAGAAUUUCUGGGAAUCAAUCCCACAAGACAACAACUUGGAAAACCACAAAAUACACAAAAACACAAUUUCAUUUUACCAAUCUCCGAAUGUGAAUUCAACAUUACCACCGCCAUCGAAGACAUCCGCCACUCACCACCACCAUCCUCCGGCCACCGCCCUCCCCGGUGUACCGGAGCCGCCAUACUAGUCGCCAUAGCCCUUCUAGAAGGUUCUCUAGUCCCCACCGGGUCCCGCAUCAUGGUAUUCACAUCCGGGCCCGCAACCAUCGGUCCCGGCACAAUCGUAUCCCAAGAUCUCAACCAAUCAAUCCGAACCCACCGAGACAUCAACACCGGGAACACCGUUUUUUAUAAAAAAUCUUCCGAUUUUUAUAAACAAAUAUCCGAAAAACUAUCCGAUUUAUCGAUGGUUCUCGAUCUUUUUGCGUGUUCGUUGGAUCAAAUCGGGGUCACGGAGAUCCGACCCGCGGUGGAGCGAUCCGGCGGGUUCGUGAUGCUAUCCGAAUCAUUCGAAUCGGAUCAAUUCAAAAAAUGUUUACGCCACAUUUUUUCGCGCGAUGAAGACGGGUUUUUAAACAUGUGUUUCGAUGUAACAAUCGAAAUAAUCACAACAAAAGACGUGAAAGUAUCCGGGGCAAUCGGCCCGUGUGUUUCGACCCGGAAACAAAACGGGUCGAACAUUUGGAAACUCGGGACAAUAACCGAUAAAACAUGCAUCACGUUUUUAUUUGAAAUCACCCAAGAACAAAAAGCACAACCGGGAACCGCGUUUUUCAUACAAUUCAUAACAAAAUAUCGACACGGAAACAUGGGGUUUAGGAAACGCGUGACGUCGGCGGCUCGGCGGUGGGUUAGCGGCGGGGCACCAGAGAUUGCCGCCGGGUUUGACCAGGAGACCGCGGCGGCAGUCAUGGCGAGGUUGGCGGUCCGGGAGACGGAAAGGAAUUUUCCGAGGGAGGUCGUACGGUGGCUCGAUAAGGAGCUUAUCCGUUUCGCCGGAAAGUUCGGGGAUUAUAUUCCGGAAGAUCCUGGAUCUUUCCGGUUAUCUGCAAAUUUUUCUCUCUACCCACAAUUCAUGUAUCAUUUAAGAAGAUCACAAUUUAUAGAUGUUUUCAAUAGUAGUCCGGAUGAAACCGCGUUUUUUCAAAUGAUGUUGAAUCGGGAAUCGGUGAUUGGGUCGUUGAUUAUGAUCCAACCGACGUUGACCCGGUUUUCGUUUGACGGGCCACCGGGUCCGGUUCUUUUGGAUAUCGGGUCGGUGUCACCGGAUGUGAUUUUGCUAUUUGAUUCGUAUUUUUAUGUGGUGAUUCAUUAUGGAUCGAAGAUAGGGCAGUGGAUGAAAAUGGGGUAUGAUAAGGAUCCGGGGCAUGAGAAUUUCAGGAGGUUGUUGGAGGCGGUGGAGAUUGAGGCGGCUCAGCUGGCGGCUGAGCGGAUUCCGGUGCCGAAAGUAGUGAGGUGUGAGCAGCAUAGUAGUCAGGCGAGGUUUUUGUUAGCAAAGUUGAACCCUUCGGUUACACAUAAGUCGAGUUAUGUUGUUGAUGGGGCUGAGGUUGUGUUGACUGAUGAUGUGAGUUUGGAGGUUUUUAUUGAACAUUUGCAGGAAUUGGCUGUUCAGGGAAGGUGUUGUGCAUUACGGAUUAUGUGGAUUCACGUGGGUUUUGUUAAAUCGGAAAAUAGUAUGUUGAUUGGGGAAAUGUAUAAAUGUCUUUGUCAUGCAUCAGGCCAAACCGAGCGUGAACCCGACCGGUCUUUUUGGUCUGGUGGGCUUGAACCUUUGAACCUGAUCGGUGGUCCGAUUCAAGAUUCGUAUGGCCCGAUCUAUGCAUACUUCUACUACAAGAGUACAAGAGAAACGAAGCACGUCGUUCGAUUCCAUCAAUCAGGAUUUAUUUUACAACGAGGUGCCGUAAAGCACUUGCGUUACUCUUUGGUACUUUUGGGCGAAUAUCAACCGUACCUUGGAGGAAUAUGAGAAACUAAAUUCACAAUACGGCUAAAUCAUUUCUCUACAUCCAUUCUUUGAAUGUUCUUUGAAGUAUACUACAUGGGUCAUCUUUAAUAGUGAUAAUGGAAAUGGCGCAACUCAAGCUUAUUGCAAAAACAAGCUUGAAAAGUUGAACUCAAAAGGAUUUGAAAUAAUAUUAAUUGCUUGAGGAGGUAUUGGAGUCGCCAAAGGCUAAAAUACAAAAAAUGAUCAACAACAGUCCUUUGUAUUUCUUUCAUAAAAGUUGACUCCAUGGGUAUUUUUGCUAACAAUUUGUAGUUUUGCUGACCUCCGAAAACCAUAAGUUGGACUUGAUGGAAAGGCUUGUGCAGAUGUUGGUCAAAAUGGUUUAAUGGCCUUGUACAACACUUUAUUCAGCCACGUAAAGCUGUUAGCUUAAAUACAUGUUUAUUUUGGUCAUUUCUAACACAAUGCUCUUUUCCAAAUCUCGCGUUGUUUUCUUUUUCAUUUUAGAGAAUAAAAAAUUUAUUAAUUUUUAUCAUAAUGAAAGUUUCAAAAAUCAUAAGAUUGAUAUCUUCCUCUAACUACUGGUAUAUAUAUUGAGUUCUCACCAGAAAAUACAACUCAAGGAUCCCCAGUGACAGUUACUACAAGGUAACGUUAAUUAUAACCUACAUUUUUGGUUUUUGUUCUUUACUGAAUCAAUUGGUGAUGUUGUUCUAUGGAGACUCUUUUUUCUAUCAUGUUCAUGUAACAGUAUUGAUUUUGGCUAAAAUUCCCCCCAAAAAAAGUUUUAGCCCCAAAAAUCAUAUAAUCUGAAUUGAAAUUGUUUAAGUUCUGCCAAUUUGUAUAAUUUAACUAACCUAUAUUGUGUGUGUACAGUUUUAUUGAGUUUUGACCAAGUCACUUGAUAGAAUUGAAUUCUUCCUUCAACAAUCUUCAACUCUGCUGGCUCUUUCUGUAUGUUUUUUGUUAUUAAAUUGUUUUGCUAAUAUGUUGUAAACUUCGUUUUGUGUAUAAGGCUAUGCAACGAUGUGUUAAAG